CAACAUCGCACACGCGACAUCACGUCACAGUAAUAGUAGUUUAGCAUUUUAUUUGAUUCACUACAGGGGUUCUCAUUGAAAGCUUUUAUUAAGGCGUACAGUAAUAACCUUGGAAUACGAUAACGGAAUAGUUUAGCGAUUUUAUGAGCAGACUGUCGGCGGUGGUACCCGCUGCACGCGACAACACGUCCUGCGGCAAACUGGAUCACUGCCAGUUAUCGUGAAAGGCAUCAUGAGGAAGAAGCAGAACGUGAAGCACCGGCGACCGGAGGAGGCGACCGUCGUCGUUAAGCACGUGCAGGAGUUCGUGGUGGAAAAGAUCAUCCGGAGGCGCGUGAUGGACGGAAAAGUGGAGUACUUCCUCAAGUGGAAAGGCUUCACUGAUGCGGAGAAUACGUGGGAGCCGGAGGAUAACCUGGACUGCCCGGAGCUGAUUGAAGAGUUCCUGAGGGGGCUGGCCCUCGGCAGGAACCCGAGUGAGGAGGGGGGGCCCCUUCCCCAGCACCAGAUCCAGCCCAAGGAGGAGGAGGAGGAGGUGGAGACGGAGAGGCACCAACAGUGCCCCGCCCAGGCUCUGGAACCGCUCCAGGAGAGAACCGCCAUCCCAGAGUGCAUCAUGGGGCGCAUAGAACCAGAGUGCAUCAUGGGGCACAUAGAACCAGGGUGCAUCAUCGGUUCCACUGAUCGCCACGGGGAGCUGACCUUCUUGAUCAAAUGGAAGGACAGUGAGGAGGUGGCACUGAUGUCAGCGAGGGAGGUGAGCGAGAGGAACCCACAGAUGGUGAUCGCUUUCUACGAGGAGAGACUGAGAUGGACAUCAGCAGACGAGGAGCCCUAGGGAGAGAGAGAGGGAGGGAGAGAGAGGGAG